AUGUCUUUAGCUGCAGUUGGUCGCUUGUGUUUUCCCUCUUUAGGGUUCACCUUAGCAGCUUUAGAUGUUGGUUUAUUUAGCAUGUUGAUCGUGCAGAUUCUAUUUUCGUACAAAAUUCCCAUUUUGCAUAAUCUUUUUUCAUUUUCCUACUUACACAUUCAUUUUAAUACAGGUUUUUUGCUGAAGAAAGAUAUAUGCUUUUCUAUAGUUUCUAGUUGUGCCUUGGAUCUAAUAAUUCUUUUCAGGGGUAGCAUUAGGCGUGUAAGAUGGAAUGAGGAAAAACUUAAGGAAAUUGAAGCAAAUAAACCUGUAAGGCAGAAAAUAACUGAACCCAAGACGCCGUACCACCCUAUGAUUGAUGAUGAUGAUGUGUCUUUGUCUCCUGUAAGACAUGUUUUCAAUGAUUGUCUCGAUGAUAUGGAUGCAAAAAAAUUAUGCCCUGCUUUGAAGGAUGUGGCUUCCCCUAGUACAAAAACAACUGGGUGCUCAGCUGGCUGGACAUCUUCGGGUGAUGACGCUAAUGCUGUGGCUCACGAAGAAGAUCAAAGUGGUAGGAACUUUAAGGAGCAACGAAAAUCACACUAUGAUGAAUUUUUCAAGAUAAAGGAAUUGCGACGGAAGGGCUCUUUCCUUGAGGACGAACAUGAUAGGGUGGAGGAUGAUCUAUCUUCAUCUUUAAGCUCUGGUGUGAAAGACAUUGGUGUAGAGGAAGGUACUGCCACUUUGCCCUGAAAGUCUUCUGCACGGCCAACAGAGCGAGACCUAAAGCUGACUCUUUUGACAUCCUUUAUGGUAUUUGAUGGUAUAUUGGUGCCAUGCAUACAAAGGGAAAAAAAAAUCUAUAUAUUUUUUUCUUAUUUAGUUCACUUGUACAUAGUUCCGCCUAAUUCACCAUGUUCAUGUGAAGU